GUAGGCUCCAAACAGGCAUGUGACGUGCCUUUGGAAAGCCCCAGGGCACUGUGGCCAGGGUUCACGUCGGCCAAGUUAUGUCCAUCCAUACCAAGCUGCAGAACAAGGAGCAUGUGAUUGAGGCCCUGCUCAGGGCCAAGUUCAAGUUUCCCGGCUGCCAGAAGAUCCACAUCUCGAAGAAGUGGGGCUUCACCAAGUUCAAUGCCGAUGAAUUUGAAGAUACGGUGGCUGAGAAGCGGCUCAUCCCAGAUGGCUGUGGGGUCAAGUACGUUGCCAUUCAUGGCCCUCUGGACAAGUGGCUGGCCCUGCACUCAUGAGGGCUUCCACUGUGCUGCCCCCUCUUAAUACCAAUACAUUCUACUUCCUGUCCCCCGCCCCCCCCCCCAAAAAAAA